GUAUGGUCUUUUAGUCUUGAUCUUUCCUUUUUGCGCCUAUUUUCUCCUUUCCCUUCCGCUCCGGUCUACGGUCCCCCCACCCAACUGGUGUUGCAUUCGCCCUUCGCCGGUCUUCGCUCGGCCUCCGCGUCCCUGACUCCGUCCUCCUUCCAAAUCCCAAUUAAACGGCUUUCCUUCUUGUAACUCUCUCUCGCUCUCGCUUGCCUUUUAAUUUCCCUUCGUUGUGCCCGACGCGUACGACUCCUCUCUCUACUGUAUAACAAAUUAGAGUGAGACAAAAUAUGAAUAAAUAAGAAGCCUUCCACCCCUCCCACUUCUCUCUCGCGGCCCCGGCUAUCCCCCUUCUUUUUAUUCAAAUCCUUCCACCACCACGACUCCGAUCCCACCACAGCUCUCUCUCUCUUUGAGUGAGGCGGUGAGAAUCUGUGGAUAAUCGGAAGGAAGAAGAUGGCCAAGGCUUCACCAUUUCUUUUGGUUCUAAUUUCCCUGGGGUUUUUCCUGGCAACCUACAACCUUGUGACGUCGGUAAUCCACAACCAGAGAAGUGAAUCAUCGAGAGAGUUAAUUGAGGAGAGGUUCCAGGAUCCUGUUGUUGAGAUGCCUGUUGAGUUGAAGAGAUCGAUGGGACCCAAGCGGCCCUUCCAUGUGGCUCUCACAGCGACGGAUGCGCCUUACAGCAAGUGGCAGUGCCGGAUAAUGUACUACUGGUACAAGAAGAUGAAGAACAGGAAGGGGUCAGAGAUGGGAGGGUUCACAAGGGUGUUGCAUUCUGGGAGUGCUGAUGAUUUGAUGGAGGAGAUCCCUACCUUUGUUGUUGACCCCCUCCCAGAUGGUAUGGAUCGGGGUUACAUUGUCUUGAACAGGCCUUGGGCCUUUGUGCAGUGGCUGGAAAAAGCAAAAAUUGAGGAAGAGUAUAUAUUAAUGGCUGAACCAGAUCAUGUCUUUGUGAAGCCUUUGCCAAACUUGUCUCGUGGAAAUUACCCAGCAGCAUUCCCAUUCUUCUACAUUAAACCAUCUGAAAAUGAAAAGAUAAUAAGGAAGUUCUUUCCAGAAGAAAAUGGUCCGGUAACAAAAGUUGACCCAAUUGGCAAUUCUCCUGUAAUUAUUCAAAAGUCUCAGCUGGAGAAAAUUGCUCCUACUUGGAUGAAUGUCUCUAUAAAAAUGAAAAAUGAUCCAGAGACUGACAAAGCGUUUGGAUGGGUGUUAGAAAUGUAUGCAUAUGCUAUUGCCAGUGCCUUGCAUGGAGUGCAACAUAUUCUAUUUAAAGAUUUUAUGAUACAGCCCCCUUGGGACUUAAAGCUGGGAAAGACAUAUAUCAUCCACUAUACUUAUGGAUGUGACUAUUCAUUAAAGGGCGAACUAACUUAUGGAAAGAUUGGGGAAUGGCGAUUUGACAAAAGAUCAUAUCUUCGUGGCCCACCACCAAGAAACCUUUCCUUACCCCCUCCAGGAGUUCCUGAAAGCGUGGUUACGCUCGUAAAGAUGGUGAACGAGGCUACUGCUAACAUUCCUGGGUGGGACAGUGGAAGAUAUUCUGAGAGAGAUGCAGUUUAAGGAAAACUAGUUCGGACAAUUUUCAUCAAACACAGAAUCCUCGAAAGAGAAUAUAUACAGAUCACAGGUUAAAUGUUUUGUUCAUAGAAGAUGAAAACCAUGUCGUAUUUGAUGACUUUCAAAAUAAGGAACUCUCCUAGCAUAUUGAGGCUACCAUUGAUUGCCAGUGCAUUUUUUAGAUUUCAUCAGUGAGUAUUCUUCAAUGGAGUUUUGUAAAGUAGCAUGGUACCAAGUGGAAUUUCACUCUUUAACAUCAUUUGCAAUUCAAAGAUCAGCAUUUUGAAGCUCGAAA